AACGACCGUGCUCUUCCACUAGCCAUCGAUUCGAUGGAUUUCUAAGCCUGGCCUCCGGCGACAAGGGCAUGAUGAGAGUAGUAUGCCGACGACUCAAAUCGACUUUCCCAUUCUGCAGUAUUUCUUUUGUACGAUAGAGAACAUGACCGGUCUCCCACCGCAGCCAUUGGACGCCAGCCCCGAACAACGAAUACGAGCAGAUGAAGCAGAGAAAUCGCAAACAUUACCUAAGGGCGUGGUGCUCGGGCCUGAUGGGAAACCAUGUAAAACCUGCACCUCCGGCGCCGCAUGGCGCGCAAUGAUGAAAUCGACUCCGAAAACACCAUCUUCCACAACCUCAUCACCAUCCACAACCACCACCCCCUCCACCCUCACCCAACCCCGCACCGACUGCCCCCCCGACGUCGACCUCCUCGGCCGCUCAACCUGGACCUUCCUCCACACCCUCACAGCCUCCUACCCCACCCGACCCUCACCAACCCAACAAUCCGAAACCAAACAAUUCCUCUCAUUAUUCAGUAAACUCUACCCCUGCUGGGUCUGCGCCGAAGACUUUCGAACUUGGAUGAGCACUUCAGGGAACGAACCUAAAGUCAGUAAUCGAGAAGAAUUUGGACAGUGGAUGUGUGAGGCGCAUAAUGCGGUGAAUGUGAAAUUGGGGAAGAAGGAGUUUGAUUGUAGGUUUUGGGAGGAGAGGUGGAGGACGGGGUGGAGGGAUGGGAGUUGUGAUUGAGGGUUAUGGCGAUGGGUUGAGUGGUUGGGAGGAAGGCAACCGAAGGUUCUGAGGGAAGGAAGAGGUUGCAUGCUCGAUGCAUGGCGAGGGCGUUGGGGACGGGUUUGUGCACAGGUAGGUUACCUGUGGGUACAAAGGAAAGGAAGUAUCCCAAAGAAUGUGGGAGACAUACUACAGAUCUCAGCUCGAUGAUUAAUGAAGAGAACUUGUACAAAAAAUGGCAAACUGCUUCACAGCGUAGCCUUGCGCAAGACUUGGAAGGACAGCACGUUCAUAUCACAUGCCGUGUAUAGUACGAAUUGCCAAAGGAGGAAGCAUGCAGCACAAAGCAAAGC